CAAAAGGAUAAUUGAAAAAUCUUCUUUUGGUUUUUCUCUUUUAUUUCUUUUUUUCUCCCUCUUCUCUUUUUUUACUUCUUUCUGUUUUUGUCCUUUUUUUUUCCUUUUGGUACAUUGUAAGGCAAACCGUUUUGCAUGAAUCAUUAUUUUUUUGAGUGAAUGCUACGACCCGCCAAAUUAUUUGUCCCUUUGCACCAGCUCCGUCAAUAUGUUCAGCAUCGGUUGACGGAGUUGGUGAAUCCUACCGUACUUGGUCUUCCCGUCAAGCCAACGAAUGUCAAACCGCAGCACACCAAUCCAGUCUACUGGGUCAUCGAAGGAGAGCCGCAGAGGCUUCUUCACACAAUUCAGCAUCGAUUCCCAAUGACCAAACUGUUUUCCAUGCCAACCAUGCGUCCAGCUUACACACUUCGUUUUGCCAAACCCUGUUCCCCGCACUUGCGCCCGUUUUUAUUUGGCGGUCCUGUUCACUCGGGGUUUCCGCGUUCCCCACCACUGGGAUUCGGACGAGUGCCCCUCUUUGGACGUCAAUUCUCUACCGCCAAAACAUCGUACACCAACGUGUUUCAGGGCGGUGGCAAUAACUCGGUGUUUUCUCACAUCCAGACACGCAUUUUUUCACCUACCGGAAUAAAGUUAAGCCAGCCGCCCACGUCGUCGUCGUCGUCGUCGUCAUCAUCCUCGUCGUCCGCUUCCUCUCUCACCACUGCUGACGCCGAACCAUGUGACCCAGAGACCCGCUUCUUACCGUCACACCCAUCUUACUUUACUGCUGCGCACUCGAUUCCUCGUUACAAAGCAGUAUUUUCGCAGAAAACAAAAGGCAUGUACGAACUGGUCAUCCCCAAGUGUGACGAUCAUCCUGGCCUUGUUCGUCGUGCUUCCCUGGUUGCCGAUCGCCCUCUGAUGCAAGCAAAACCCUUUUGUCCCGCGACGAAUGAAUCUUCGACUUUUGCGACUGACACUCGUGCAUCGAAUCUUAUCAGGUCGGAUGUGACGUGCGAUGAAUGGAUUUACAUUGCCAUACCAUUUGACCUGGCAACGUUUGGAGACCAUCAAUUGAUGCAACAAGUGGUUCAUUUGAACGAUAAUAUCAUUGAAUCGAUUGCACGAAUGGCGAGACAGUAUCAGAGUCGGUUUAUCGAAAUUUUGACUCUGUUGGGCGUGCUUCGCCGCCACGGAGAUUUUAAAGUCGCCAUGGAAGGGAAGGAACUACGGAUCUAUUUGCCCCCGAUUUUAUUCGCGUCUGACAUGCCGAGUCUUGCCCAAGCCGAACAAUGGUUAUCUCAAAAGGGAAUUUGUCUCCAUCAUUUUCAUUGCGAGCUCAAAAGCACCGCAUCGUCCUCAUCGUUAUCAUUGCACAACACCGCCACCAAGAAUGAUGUAUCAGCGUCCGAUUCUUCCCCUUUUUCUUCAUCUUCUUCUACCACUCGUUCCAAUUUGAUGAAAUCUAAAGUGUCUUUGGGUUGUUCUAUGGAAUUGGCGUCUUCAGAUAUGUUAGGUCCCGAGUAUUUCAAAGGCAUCCAGUUGUUUUUGGACCAAAUUGAUGAUCUGAUUGAAACCAGUGGCGCGUUUGGCCAAACCCGUUCAUAAAAAAAAAACUUCGAACCAAAUCCCCUUUUUUCUGAAGCGAAAAAACAGGUCCCCAAGGACCAAAUCAUUCAAUUACUUUCAUUUCCCUCCCCCACUUUUAUAAUACAUAUAUAUUUUGUUAUCCGUUUUAUUAGUUUUGACAUGAAACCUGACAGACUUGAAUGGAAAUAAAAACAAGCUACUGUUUUUCUUA